CUCUUAUAUCAAAUACAAACAACAAGAAAAGGUUGAGCGUGUGUGUAUGUUUAUUUUAGGUAUGUAAGAAUUGCGUUUGCUGAGAGGGGUUAAUUCUUAUUUUUUUAAGUUAAUGUUAAGCGCAUAUAAGAUCCGGAAUUUUGCGCUAUGGAAAGUGUAACAUUAUUACUUAAAUCAAUUGUGAUUUAGUCUAUAAAGUUCAAUAACUAAUUUAGGCCCCGUCUCUCCUGUUGUUCGAAGUCCAUGGUAUGGUGUCCUUUUAUCAUAAUAUCGUCCUAACAUAUGGUUAUUCAGAUUGAUAACGAUAGCCCCCGCACUUUGAAAUAGUGAUUUGAUAAAUAAGUUACCUUACAUUUUGUUGGCGUGAUGCUGGGUGUAGAACAGGUGUUUAGAUAGUUACCGGUAUACUGUGCUGCGCUCAUUUUAGGUUCCACUUCUUCGAUACUUACGGUAGUAUUGGUAAGUUCAAUUUAUAGGCUAUACCACCUCCCUAGUGUACGGUACUUACUUACCUACAUUCAUUAAAGUUUAUGAAAGCAGAGGUUGUCUAAUUUCAUGUUUUAUUUAAUUGUUUAAUAGUAAUUUAACAUAGCAGUGAUUUGUGUAGUGUCGGUAUACAAAGUGUGGAACUCGUAACAUUCUUUGACUUAGACAGAACCUAUGCCAAAACGACUUCAUUGUUGUUUCUGACUUGUUUGUUCAAAGUGAUAGCACCUAUCUGACAACCUGCGUUCAGGGCGCUCUUGGUAGCGAAAUGGCGAAGUCACGAGCAUGCUACCUGAAGGGUUGGUUUUAUUUUCUGGAUGUUGUUUCGUCAGAAGAUUUAAAAAAAAAUCUCCAGGCAUCCCUCAUCAUUAUUGACCAUGGAUUUUAGCUUGCUAAAAUAAUACCAACAAUAAUGUAUGAGGUAUUUAACUGUUGGUAAUGAAACUAUUGCCGGCAGACCGACUGCUUUUUGUUGGCAACACAGGAAUUUUAUUAGCCUAAUACUCAACUAAACAACGCAAAAUUGAAAUGAAAUCUUUAAAACAAAAUUGAAAAGAUAGGGGUAGGAUAACCCAUAAAAGUAAAACUAAUUUUCGAAGAGUUUAAUUAGGUCAUCGAAACAUCAAGUUUAAAUAUAAUAGAAGACCUUCCUAUGCACAUUAUGUUUCUGCUUAUCUAAGUUGAUAAUAGUUGAGUCUUUAUAUUACCAAAGCAUUUCGAGGCGACGAAAGGAAUACUAAUAUAAACUUUAUUCAAAAUCUGAUGUAUUGUUUAAUACAACGCAAAAAUAAUCCUACAUUAAUAUCUUAUGAAGAUAUUGCAUAAUUUGUGUACUUAUUAGUUUUCAAAUAGUUUACUCAAUGAUUGCGAAAUGUGUUUUAUUUUUAUCUAAAUUAAUUUUUUAAAAAUUAAUUAUUUAUUUUAUUUAUUCUAAGUUCCAGUCAAAAUGAAGUUACUGGGGAUAGAGUUAGCACCGCUUGCCAUACCAUUCCGUCGCCGGCUCCAAACGUUCUGUGUAUUCCAAUGGUUCAUGUCAUUCCUAUUUUUAGGAUUCGGAAUGCUCUUUCUUACCUUCUAUAUUGUAUUAUACACAAACUACUACUGGAUACCAAUUUUACUGUACUCUUGGACAUGGUACGACCGUGCAACACCCCAACGAGGCGGCCGUCGUUCAGAAUUUGUCAGAAACUUAUCAAUAUGGAAAGGCUUAGCUGAUUUUUUCCCGAUGAAACUACACAAAGUCGUAGAUCUGGAUCCCUCAAAGAACUAUGUUUGUGGAUUUCAUCCGCAUGGUGUUUUUGCAGUUGGUGCAUUCGCAAACUUUGCUUCAGAGGGAACCGGAUUUUCGAAACUGUUUCCAGGUCUUAAAUCAACAUUGUUGACACUGCGAGGUCAAUUUUUCUUUCCUGUAUACAGAGAUUACAUAAUGUUAUCAGGUGUAUGUGAUGCUAGUAGGGAGAGUGUUGACUAUCUUCUUAAAGAAAAUGGCACAGGAAACAUGGUUGUGAUAGUGAUAGGUGGCGCUAUAGAAGUAUUGGAGGCGCAUCCUGGUAUUUACAAUAUUUACUUGAAGAAAAGGAAGGGUUUUGUCAAGAAAGCAAUAGAAACUGGAACACAUAUAAUUCCAGUCUACUCAUUUGGUGAAACUGAUAUUUUUUACCAAGUGGCAAACCCGGAGGGUUCCCUUUGGAAAUGGAUUCAGAGGCAAUCGAAAAAGUUAAUGGGUUUUCCUCUAAUAGCAUUCUACGGAAGAGGUGUGUUUAACUACACAUUAGGCCUUGUGCCACAUCGCAGACCGAUUAAUACUGUGGUCGGACACCCAAUCGAAGUUGAGAAGAUAGAACAUCCAACCCAGGAAGACAUUGACAAACUGCAUGAAACUUACUGCAAACAACUUCAACAGUUAUUUGAGGACUACAAAUGUCAGUUUGGGAUUCCCGAGGAUAAUCAUUUAGAUAUAUUGUAAAGUACUAUUAGGGUAGAAUGGAGUUUAUUGUAAUAUCUUUAAUUGAUAAUUUCAGAAAUGACUAUGUUACUAUGGUAUAUUAAGAAUUGAAAUGCAAGAAUAGACACAAUUUGGAAAUUUCACCAUAUCAUUUCAAACAUUGAUACUACCUUUUUACUUAGGAACCAGUAGGAUAGUUUUAGUGUGUGUUAUUGUUUCAUUGUUUGUACAUUGUUUCAUUGUUAUAAUAUUAAAUUAAUUUUAAAUAUAUGUUUUAUUGUAUACGUUUUGCUUAGGCCCCCGUUUAUUUUUACAAACCCAUUUAGGCUUCAUGAGGGUUAGUUUCGUAUACUGUUUCGAUUGAUUUUUUUUUCUAAUUUUUCUUGGCUUUUUGAUAAAGGCUAUUUGUGUUGCCUCAUAAGAUCUUACAGCACUUAUUUUUAUUUAUUUAUUUAGGCACACAACACAUGCACCAAGGAUUGUCAAUAGCGAAUUAUAUCACUGUCCUACUUAUGAGUGAAAAUCCCUUUCACAAAACAAACAUAUUACACAAACUAAAUCUCAAUUUGAGGUUUAGGAAGUGGAAUUUUUUUGAUUGUGAGAAAAAAUUUGGCAACACUGACAGGAAUUGAACCCAGGACCCUGGGAUUAUGAGGCAAGAAGCUUAAGCUGUUCAACUCUACUCCACUCCACUUUAUCAUCAUUCUUCCCCCGAUGACGGUUACAGUAUACCCCUGGUUCUUAAUUCAUUUAAAGGACCAAAUUAUUUUUAGAUUUGAUAUCACGGGCCAAAGAAAAACUUCGAGUUUCAAGUAACUUGCUAUAGGCCUACUUCAUAGACCCAAGGUAAAAUUUUGAGAUGCUAUGGUCAAAACCCCUGUUGGCCACACAGAAAUUUUAAGUUUUUUGGCAAUUUUAAAUUUCUAUUCUAUUUUCAAUUGUACUAUACAGUACAAUAUUAGGACACUAUAUUCAAUACAAAUUUUGCACCAUAUGAUUGAUAUAAUAUGUUGCCAAAGAGGAAUUAAGACACUUAAUUUUCACUAUUUCUUGCUUAUUGAUCUUUUAAUUCUUGCUCGUGUAAAAUCAUCAAACAAAAUUUGUGGCGCCAAUAUUUUCACAACGGCAGGGGAGACUAAUGUCCCAGAACCUCUGAAGCUCUAUAAACAUGAAAUUACAGACAUAAUCGUAACAAAAACACAGUCAUUAAUUUUAUCAGUCAAAGUUUGUUCAAAAUAAUGUGUAUUUUCUGUGUAAUUUAACCCAUCCUAUACCGUAUCCACCAAAUACCAGGGCUUUAAAGUCUAAAAAAAAUUCUCCUCAAAAAUUUCGGGUCUACACAUAAUAAAAACAAGUCUAUGCAAUUUUUAUAUUUGAUCUGCUAUCUCAUAUUUAGCUGAACGAAGAUUACCAAUCUUCUGACGUUUGUCGAUUGGUUUUUAACAGAUUUAAUUCUAGAUCUGGGUGGGGUCACCUCUACUUAUUUUCACUUUGGUCCAGUUUUGUGUUUUGGCCUUCACUUUAUUUAAAGAAUAUAUAUAUAU